CUGGGGGCGCUGUGUGGCCCCGUCUGUGUGUGUGUGUUUGCGUGUGUGUAUAUGUGUGUUCGUGAGUGUGUGUGACUGGGAAAGCCGCGGCCGCCAUUUCAGGGAGUUGCAGUCACUGUCGCACGGUUGGCUACCGAUUUGCCGCAGCCGCCGCCCUGCUUCACCCGCGCGGGCUCUUCUAAUCCCAUUAUUCUCUUUUAGAUCCGCUCCGGCCCUGCCGCCCUCAGCGCCCGAAACUCGGGCUGGGCGGGCGGGACGGACCGCGGCCUGGACUCAGGCCGCAGCGGCUUAACAGUAGUGCCGGCGGCAGCCACAGCGGCAGCGCCUCCCCGAGACACGAGCACCACACUUGCUCGAGAGCCCGCACAGGUGUUCUGAAACAAUGGCAGACGAUAUUGAUAUAGAAGCUAUGCUUGAAGCUCCUUAUAAGAAGACUUGCCUAACGAUAUCUCACCUCUACUCCCAUGAAUUCACCUUUGAUUCCAGUGUGAACUGUCAAUCAUAAGGAUGAGAACAAGUUGAGCAGUGCUAACGGCCAUGAAGAGCGUAGCAAGAAGUAAAAAAAAAAGCAAGAGUAGAAGUCGAAGUCAUGACCGAAAGAGGAGCAAAAGUAAGGAACGGAAACGAAGCAGAGACCGAGAGAGGAAAAAGAGCAAAAGCCGUGAACGGAAACGUAGCCGAAGCAAAGAACGGAGACGAAGUCGUUCUAGAAGUAGAGAGCGCCGAUUCAGAGGCCGAUAUCGAAGUCCCUACUCCGGACCAAAAUUUAACAGUGCCAUCCGUGGAAAGAUUGGGUUGCCUCAUAGCAUCAAAUUAAGCAGACGCCGCUCAAGAAGCAAAAGUCCAUUCAGAAAAGACAAGAGCCCUGUGAGGGAACCUAUUGACAACCUUACUCCAGAGGAGAGAGAUGCUAGGACUGUAUUCUGCAUGCAACUGGCAGCAAGAAUUAGACCAAGAGAUUUGGAAGAAUUUUUUUCUACUGUAGGAAAGGUCCGUGAUGUAAGAAUGAUUUCUGAUAGAAAUUCCAGAAGAUCCAAAGGAAUUGCUUAUGUAGAGUUCGUUGAUGUUAGCUCAGUGCCUCUAGCAAUAGGAUUAACUGGCCAGCGUGUUUUAGGAGUGCCUAUCAUUGUACAGGCAUCACAGGCAGAAAAGAAUAGAGCGGCAGCAAUGGCAAAUAACCUACAGAAAGGAAGUGCUGGACCAAUGAGGCUUUAUGUAGGAUCAUUACACUUUAACAUAACUGAAGAUAUGCUUCGUGGAAUCUUUGAGCCUUUUGGCAGGAUUGAAAGCAUUCAGCUGAUGAUGGAUAGUGAAACUGGUCGAUCUAAGGGAUAUGGAUUUAUUACGUUUUCAGAUUCAGAAUGUGCCAAAAAGGCAUUGGAACAACUGAAUGGAUUUGAAUUAGCAGGCAGACCUAUGAAAGUUGGUCAUGUUACUGAACGUACUGAUGCUUCCAGUGCCAGUUCAUUUUUGGAUAGUGAUGAGCUGGAACGGACUGGAAUUGACUUGGGAACAACUGGUCGUCUCCAAUUAAUGGCAAGACUUGCAGAAGGUACAGGUUUACAGAUUCCUCCAGCAGCACAACAGGCUCUGCAAAUGAGUGGAUCUUUAGCAUUUGGAGCUGUAGCAGAUUUACAAACCAGACUUUCCCAACAGAGUGAGGUUACAGCUCUAGCUGCAGCCGCUUCUGUACAGCCUCUUGCAACACAAUGUUUCCAGCUUUCAAAUAUGUUUAACCCUCAAACGGAAGAUGAACUUGGCUGGGAUACAGAGAUUAAAGAUGAUGUAAUUGAAGAAUGUAACAAACAUGGAGGAGUCAUCCAUAUUUAUGUUGAUAAAAAUUCAGCUCAGGGCAAUGUGUAUGUGAAGUGCCCCUCAAUUGCUGCAGCUAUUGCUGCAGUAAAUGCAUUGCAUGGAAGAUGGUUUGCUGGUAAAAUGAUUACAGCUGCAUAUGUACCUCUUCCAACUUACCACAACCUCUUCCCUGAUUCCAUGACAGCAACACAACUACUGGUUCCCGUUCGACGAUGAAGGAGGAUUUAGUCCCUUAUGUACAUAGCUUUUUUUUUUUUUAAAGAGGAUUCAAACCUGAGUUAUCUUUUAUUUAGGUAAAACAAAAGGAAAGGGUCUACUGUCAUUUGUAUGCGAUUCCUGUUACCUUGCCAGACAAAGAGAAAGCUGUUAUAGCAGGAAUGCAGUGUGCUCAUUCUCCCUAACUAGCAAUUUCCACCGUAUACAAAGCUGUUUUCUUGUUCUGCCUUGUAAAUGUACAUUUAGAACAUUGACUAAGGUGAUCUGUAGGAAUUGAAAAAUAGCUUAGACAAAUGUACUUUCUGUAAAAGGCAGACAAGGAUGUAAUGAUGUUUUUAAUGUUUCAGAAGCCUAACUUUUUAUGCAGUUACAUUUUACAUUCACUAAAUGAAUUUUGACACUUGGCUAAUGGUUUAACGGAAUAUGGUUUCUGGAGUACAUAUUUAGUGUUCUGUAUAUGGUAAAUUUAAAGACAACUAAAUGAGUCCUGACUUAAGUCGGUAAUUCACCUUGCAUUAUGAUAAACAAUUGGCAGGAAAGGGAGAUUCAAAAAUUCAAUUUCUUGAUGGUAACUUUUCGAUUAAUGUAUCUGUAAAAGUUUCUUUGUAAAUACUGUGUGUUCUGGUGUGUCUAAGGUUCCAAACAAAAUGAUCCCUGCAUUUCCUCAAAUGUACAGAUAUAGUGUGGUAAGCAACACAGUCUGAGCAGGAAACAGGAAAUGCAGAAAUAGGUUUUGUCUGGUUGCAUAUAAUCUUUGCUCUUUUUAAGCUCUGUGAGCUCUGAAAUAUAUUUUUGGGUUACUUCAGUGUGUUUGACAAGACAGCUUGAUAUUUCUAUCAAACAAAUGACUUUCAUAUUGCAACAAUCUUUGUAAGAACCACUCAAAAUAAAAUUCUCUUUAAAAGGCCAUGAACAAUUUUAAUUUAUAUUUUCUAAUUGGACAAGUUUCUUUUACAGUGGGGAAAAUACUAGAUUUGGAGCCAGAGGACACUGACUUCAGAUUCUAGUUAUGCCAGUUUUCAUUUUGGAGCUUCAAUUUCCUCAUCUAUAAAAUAAGGGGGCUGGUCCUCUGGCUAGCAUUUUCAUUUCUGAAAUGCAUGCAAUCUCCAUUUUAAAGUCAGGUUUUCCAGUUCAGAUUGAUUUUCCUUCUGUACAAAUUUCACCAUAUCUCCACACUGCCAGUCUAGAACUCUUAGACUCUACCAUGUAACUUCAAUCAUCUGCUCCUGGGCUCCUGUUAUAACCAACAACCUGGUAUUUCUAUCACCUUUGUGGUUGCUUUUUGACUGGGUAAUAUUACAGGAAUCUUUCAUCCCAGUCCCCACUUUUAUUGUCAGAUCAGAGGGAGUUCCUGUUAUAGCCAAGAACUCUACACCACAUUCUUUAACAAAAUACAUGGAUAACAAAGGUGCUUGUGGGAGUGUGGUUAGAUUGUAAGAUAAAGGUGUGAACGGACAAGUCAUCUACAAUGUUGUGUUCUAUUUGUCAAUUCCCCAAGUACAAAACGAAUCCUUAGGUUUUUAUUAUAUUUCCAAGGGAAAAAUACUUAGUUUUGACCCUCUGAGGUUUGAUUGAAGCUGAGUGCCUAUUACUCAAUAGUGCCAAAAUUCAAAGGGGAAAAACUUUUUAAAUAGUUAAUUAGCAAUGUUCAUUACGAAACAUUUGUUAAAAACAAGGCAACUUGGCACCUUUUGCCCUCAAAGGAGCUAUACCUUGACUGGCAUAUAUUAGUGAAUGGUUUCUAUGCUCAAUAAAACUUUUACAAGUACCUUACA